GACAGCGAGGCAUUGCUGUCCCUGUCUCGUUCUGAGGGGGUUCCUAUCUCCCUGUCUCUGGGAAUGAAGACCAAGCGAAGCCCCCCUUCCCGCUGGCUCCUGGUACACUACCACGGAGGAGGCUUUGUGGCCCAGACCUCCAAAUCUCACGAGGUAAGAACACCUUCUCUCUCCUCUCUCUCUCGGGAGGAAUUGACCGUCACGGGUUCGGAAUUAUUGUGUUUUCUCUCCAUGGCUUCCCUGUAAUGAGCCGUUCCUACUUAUGACUGUUUAAUUAAUCCAACAGGGUUGAUGGACACAUGUAUUUAUAUCACUAUUAUCCAGUGAUUGGUUGCAGGCCAGCCCCCCUCUUCCUAUUCUGUCGGUCUCUCCUCUCUCCUCUCCCUCCUCAUUCCAUCUCCUCUCUCUCUCCCCCUGUCCUCUUGAAGUGGUCAUCUCCGAGCUCAGCCUCAGAUGAGACGGGUCUGUAUUAUAUAACCAGCAGGCUACUUUAAACCACUGAGAUGCGUCACCAUGAAACCAGAGUGGACUGGCAGUCCCUUGAUCUCCAAUAGCCUAGCAACCAGAGGCUGUAGGAAGUGAUCUGAGGAGGAACAAGGCUGUCAUGUUGAAUUAGCUGAGAACUCUGCAUUAAGUUAUUAUAGCUUUAUAUUCCAUAGGCCCUAAUGGAAGAUGUGUGUCUGUGUGAUCUCCCUGCUCUAGGCUCUCUUCUCUCUCCUCUAACCCUGUCCUUUAAGCUUUCCUCCUUUCUGAUCAUUAUUCCGUUUGUUCUCUACUCUCCUUUGUCCUAAUGACCUCUUCUCUCAUUUUUGUAAUCCACCUCUGCUCUUUGCUUUCCUUUCCCCACGACGUUCCUUUCUCUCUCCUCCCUCCUUCACUUUACCCACUCUUUCCCCUGGCCAGUGGGGAGAUGGAUGGAGUCUGUGAGGGCAGGAGCCUGUGGUGUCCCUCCUCUCUUCUCUCCAUUCUUCACUUUUCUCUCUCUCCUGCCACCUUCACUCCCCCUCCUUCCUCCUCUCCUCCUGAAGUGUUCAGGAAGAUGGAUAGUGUCUAAGGGCAGAAGCUCUCCUGCACACUCUCUCUCUCAAUCUCUCAGAGGGAGCUGUUUGUGUGAGGGAAGAAGCCUGUGGUGUCCCUCCUCUCAGCACCCCAUUGAUCCAGACCCCCAGUAAUGGAUGGGCCACAACUUAAUCACUCAAGUGUGUGUGUGACAGAGGUGCCCAGAAGCAGAUUAACCACAGUGGAACUACUACUCCCAGUAAUCCCUGCAGUAGGAGAUGAUCUGCAUGGUUAUGGAUAGGUGUGUGUGUCCCUGUUGUGGGCAUAUUUUCCACACACGCCUCUCCUCAGGACAGUUUAGACGCAGCCUGUUGUUCUGUAGGCAUUAAUCUCUCUCUAUGGGGGCCGCUGACGGGUGUCAAAACGCAUCAUGUACUGACAAUGACGAUCGUUUAAAUUGACACGCACACACACGCCACACCACACGUCAGCGGUGCCAGACUGUGAUCCAUUAUGACAGCGUGGCUUUAAGAGUGCAGGGCAGAUUCCCGGGGAUGGUGUUGAGGUGGUGUUUGGCAGUGUGAUGUGGUCACAUCCAGUCAUGGGCCGCUGAGGUGAGGCACUCUGUGUAUUGGUUAGAGAGGCGGAGCUGUCACUACUGACACUGUCACUGAUGCUUAGAGAGAAGAGGAGGAGCGGCGGUGGAGCGACAGGAGAGAGGGUAGACUAAUAUUGUCAGAUGAGAUUUAUUGUCGGAUGUACGCACUCUGACCUCUCACUUACCUAGCUAAGUACUUGAUGACCUUACAAGGUUAUAAUAUAAAAGCAAGUAUUCUAAGGAUGUCUGAUCUGGAAAGUAUGUUUCUAAGAAUCCUAAGCACUUAGCUACCAUGACUUCAAAUUGCAUAGCAACAAGAGGCUAACACCAACACUGUUUUAGUGAGAGCAAAGCAAGGUUGUCAUGUUGCAUUUGUGAGCACAGUGCACAUACCUGGUAUUUUCAUAACAGAAUUACCAAGCUGCCACUGGAGUUAGGCAGUGUACGGUUGGGUUUGUAGUUCACCAAUACAGAACCUGCAAGCUGGGAAUCUGAUACAGGACCUCUCUCCUAUCCUUCCCAACACCACCUCCUGAACUGCAAACACCACUCUGCCUGCCCUGCCUAUUUAAUGGUAGGGGGAUGCACCGUCUACAGUAAACUCACUCCUUUCUCCUCCAUUCUCCCCCUCUCUUUUUUCCAGCCGUAUCUGAAGAGCUGGUCUCAGGACCUGGGUGUGCCCAUCCUGUCUGUGGAUUACUCUCUGGCCCCUGAAGCUCCCUUCCCCAGGGCCCUGGAGGACUGCUUCUAUGCCUACUGCUGGGCCAUCAAGAACCACCACCUGCUGGGUAGGACAACACACUACUACCACUUUAUCAUAAAAUAUAAUUAUCCUUAAUGUCCCGAGGGGAAAAUGUCUUAGACAACAUUUUGAUGCUGUAUAUAAAAUAGACAGACCUGCUUUUUCAGAUGGGAUUUAUUCCCAAUGAUCUCAAUAUUUACUAUGGGUACUUCCUGGUACUUAAUUGAUUGUUAUUAUGACAGAAAGCUAAAGACUGGUUAGCUUGGAACUCAGUCAACUGAAGGCCAUAGUCUCAACUUAUGUCUCAAAUAUGAAACACUUUCAUAUCAACAACCAGCCCCUCCAUUGCCCCAUAUAGACUCGGGUACAGAGAGUGGGAGAUCACAUGCAGAUCACUUGAAAGUGUUAUAAGGACUCUCACUUAUAGUCAGCUUUUCUGUUUCUCUCUCACUUUGUCCCCUUCUCUCACUCUCUUGCCUCAAUCUACUGACUCUGUGACUCCCCUUCUCUCUCUCAGGUUGGACAGGGGAGAAUGUGUGUCUGGCCGGUGACAGUGCUGGUGGUAACCUGUGUAUUACCACAUCGAUGCGCGCUGCGUCUCACGGUGUGCGGAUGCCUGAUGGCAUCGUAGCUGCCUACCCUGCCAUCCUGCUCACCGCCUACGCCUCGCCCUCCCGCCUGCUCACUCUUUUCGACCCCCUGCUGCCCCUCAGUGUGCUGUCCAGGUGCCUCAGCGCCUACGCAGGUAAAACUGUGUGUAAGAGGGAGCAGAGAUGGUUUGCUGCCCCUCAGCAUAGUGUGUGUUCUUGUUUGUGCAUGGCAUUCAAUGCUGGUGAAGGACGGGUAACUAAUUUCCUCCCUACCUCCCUUCCCAUCCUCUCUCCCCUAGGUGAGGAGCCCCAGGCUGAGAAGCAGGUGGAGAAGGUGAGUACUCUGAGCAUGGUGAGGAGAGACACAGCCCUGCUGCUCAGAGACUUCAAACAGGGAGCUUCCAACUGGAUCCACUCCAUACUGGACCCCAACAGAGCUGUUGCCAUGGCAUCAACAGGUAGGUACACCAGUGUGUGUGUCUGGGGUGUGUGUCUUGUGGUGAGAGGGUGUGUGUGUCUCUGUAUGUACUUGUGUUCAUGCAUCUUGGAGUGUGAGGUGAAAUAAUAUUUCCCUAUUACCGGAAGGGCCAUGUGUGUACAUACAGUAUGGAAGAUUUUAUUGAAAUUGAUAUCCACAGUUAACGUCUAAUUAACCAGUCAUCACCCAUGGCCACCAUCCUGUUACGUCACACCCUCACCCAUCCAUAUCAAUUGACUGGUUAGGCUCUGACCACUAAUUGUGUUGAAACCCCGCUGUAAGCAGACUAUUCCAGGCGUCACCAUGUUAGCUGACACCCAGCAGCUGUGGGCCAGACUAAUGACUGUGUCAUUGGGGGGUGUACAUUAUUAAAGGCUAUGAUGAGGGGAGUUCAUUAUUAAUAAAAGAGCUCAGUGAGUACAGCUUUGAGAUCAGACAAGCCAUGACACCGCUUACAGCUGUGUUGUGACGGGGAGAUCUUAUCGUAAUGACACCAUUAUUGCUUAAAGCUAGAAUCUGCAGUUGAAACGAUAACAAAGAGGACACCCCGCCUCUGUUUUGGUAAAAAGCUGAGGGAUGGGCCUGGAGCAAUGUAACCACUCAAGUUCAUACUGUAGACAGCUAUGGAUGCCAGGACUGACCAUCCAUGUGAUCAAAAUGGUUGUUUUAACCGUGUUUUAAAGCUAUACAGUGUUAGUUUACAUUUAUAUUGUUUACAAACAUUGGGGUAAAAUAAGAUUAUAUUUGGGGUUCUGAUGGGGUAUGACAGUUGAACUAAGCUCAUGAGGCAUUUUUAAAGUUAUAUUCUUCAACAAUCAAUGGGUGUAUAUGAUUAAUUUAUAAGUCCAAAAAUGAGUGUAGUAACUAACGAUUUUAGCUUUAAAUAUCCAUCUCCUGAUAACCACACGUCCCUCACUCCCGCCUCUUAUCACCGUCCUCCAAUCAUAUGUCUUCAUUGAUGUUUCCCUGUUCCAUAAUGGCCUCAGUCUGAUGUCUCACUCUGUCUUAUUUUGGUUUGUUGAUUACUCUUUCUCUUCUCUCUCUUCUUCAGACACAUCUUCGUCAGUGAGGAAGAGUGUGUCUGAGGCGUCCAUCAGCUCGCCCCACUCGGACCCCCCUGAGCAGCCCUCUGACUUCUCCCUGAGGAGAGAGUCUCUGAAGAGCCACACCUGCCAGGACCUGGCAGCCCACGCCAACAACACCCCCGCUGCUGCCCCCACCACUCCUGCCCACAAUGCAAUGGUGUUCCCCGAGCGCACGGUACGAUAAUCCCUGAGUUGCCCUUAACAACAGAUCUAGGAUCAGAUUACCCUCCCCAAAUCCUAACCAUAACCAUUUGGGGGUGGGGGGGUGUUUAAACUGACUUCAGAUCAGUGUAGCAGCUUCAUGCUUACUGCUUUUACAACCACUUCACACACUUGUCACUGAAUUGUAGGCGUUUGUCUAAACUAAGCCUCUCUGACUAACUUACGCAAAUAGAUGGUGACCAAGCUGCUUGUCUUGUUUCCUCUUCCACAGAUUAAAUGGGGGGGAGGGGGGAGGGAUGGAGGCGAUCUCGAGUGUAAACCCCCUAGUUUUCAGUAAGGGAAAUCCCUGUGUUUUUCUUUAAAACCAGUCUGUAUAGCCUCUGUCUCGGGAAAUUGAAAGUCAUUUGCUCAGAUGAAAAAGUAAUGUUUGUUUUCCCGGAUUUAAAUGGAAAAAAACUACUUGAGGCUUUUAGAUUCUUAAAAAAAGUGUUGGCCCAAAGGAAAGCAAUCAUAUAUCCGUACCAAAACAUCAGGUUUUCCCCAGUCCUGGUCCUAACUAGUGUUUAAUUAGUUGCCAUGGUAAACUAUUUUUCCUGUACCCCCCCCGCCUAAGACGUAUUCUUCCUCUCCAAAAGGAGUGGUUCCAUGUCGGAUGCUUUUCCCUUUUGCCUACCCCCCCCUGGGGGGGGAGGGCGUGGGGUGGAGCACCCUCGGGGUUUUUCCCCCGGGCUUUGAACCGCUGCGCUCCCGGCACUGGCGAGAUGAACGGCCCCUCUCUGCGUCAGGAACCCCCACUGUCUCCUACUGGCACCCCCCAGCAUCUAAGGACUGCCCCCCCCUACACCUGUGGUAGGGGGGUGGGGGGAGGGGGGGUAAGGGGGACUACCUAGUGGUGAGAGGGGGGUGGGGGAGGAGGAAAAUGGGAGGGUAGAGGGGGGACACCCAGUGGGGGGAGAGAGGGGGGGUUUAAGGGGCGACUACCUAUGGUGAGAAGAGGGGAAAUGGAGUUGAGGACUGGCUUUUCCAAUUUUCUGGAUUUUCCACCAUUAGAAUUCUUUACUGAUCUUUAAGACCCUCUUUGACCUUUUUGUUUAUCUCUCCCUCCCCCAGGGGCCUGUGCUUUGACCCCCGCUGGAUACUCUGUAAAGUUUGCCAAACGCCUGAGGAACGUGGGUCAGCCCGUCACUCUGUUGGGGGACGACCUCCCGCACGGCUUCCUCAGCCACACAGCUUCCAGGGAGACCCGGGAACGGGUAACGUCUCGCAAAGAAUAGGGACGUCUUUGACCAAAACUCCCCCCGGGGCCGCGCAGCACCCCAAACUGGAAAAGGGCCAAACCGGGGGCUUCCUUUUUUCCCCCGGGGGACCCAGAGAGCCUUUUCAGUACCCCUUGGGGGAGGAAUUCUGGUGGCCCGGGGGGGGGCUAUAUACCAAGGGGGAGGGGUUUGUCGGCAUGGGACACAAACAAAAUGGGUUGUGGGGUAAAGGAUAAUUUGUCGUUUGCUAGAUAAGAGGCUGUUUUUCAAAGGAUUUAAAAAAGAGGAGAAAAGGGGGGGUUGGGCCCCAAAAAACCUGGGGGAGGGAAGAGAGGGAAAAAAGACUGCGGAGGGGAAAAAGCAGAAGGAAGCCCCGGGGUAGAGGGGGAAGAUCAACACUAAAAACACCUCUUCAGCUUUUAAAUCUCAAUUGUGCUUCGUUUUGCACCUGCACGCGACGGGGUUCCCCUAGGUUAAAAACACACCAAAAAACUAAAAACCCUAGCCUUUUUGGGCUGCUGCAUUGUGCUCGGGGUAAACUGGAUUUGGGGGCCCGGCAAUUUUAAAAAAACCCCAAGGGGUUUUGGGGAAAAGGCGAUACAUCCCCCCAUAGAAGGGGGCCUUCCAUCCCUAAACAGAUAGUGGAGACGCCAAUGAAACCCACUGGGCCAUAACAACUUAAAAACCCCUUUCCUUUGGGAGCCACUCUAAAACAAGCUUUAAAAAAACUGUAGAACUCUGAGGUCUAUUAAACUAUUUUUCAGUGAUCUGCCACGUUAGACACUACUUGCUGAUGGGCCCCUCAAAAGGGCGCUGAAGCGCUAAAAACAAAAAACCUAGAAAAUUUCCACAAAAUUUUUUAACCAUAAUUGAUCUAUUCUUUAUAUUCCCUUUUAUUUGGGAUUUUGUGUUUAUAAUUUUUAUUGUUUUUAAAAAACCCUGGAUCAUAAAUUUUAACUGUUUGUUCAAAAGGGUUUUAAACUAUUGUGUGGGGGGAUCUAAAUUAUUUUUCUUAGCUGUGUGGUGCUUACUCUGUUUGUCUCCCAGUUUUUUUGAAGUAGCCAAAAGUUCCCCUACCCCUGCUCCCCAAACAACCCGUCACCCAUAGUCCGUCACGUGAGAUGGGGCUGGGGUUGAUAUUUAGGGAAAAUUAAACUCUAAUCCUGGGGCUUUUUAUUUUACGGAUUUUUAACUAGCCCCUCAAAAAACUAGCAAAGUAUAGCGCAUUUCUUUGACUUUUCAAUCAACAGGACUCAAGAGCAUGGGGAUAUUUUGUGAUUUAAAAUACACUGUUGGGGAGCAAAGACAAGUCACAAAAACUUUUUGAUUUGACAUUUUUAUUUACCACAGUAAUUACGGGGGAAAAAAAGUUUUAGUCCCACCCAAUUGUGCAAUUCUCCCCCUUAAAAAGUGAGAGGGCCGUAAUUUUCAUAAAAGGUACACGUCAAUUAUGACAGACAAAUUGAGGGAAAAAAAAACAGAAAAACACAUUGUAGGAUUUUUUGAAAUUUUUUUGCAAUUAUGGUGGAAAAUAAAUAUUUGGUCACCUUCAACAACAGAUUUCGGCUCUCACGACGUGGCUCCCCUGUCCUCCAUCGUUCCCGAUUAAAGGGACCUUAUUAAAAGACACCGCCACAACCCAUCACAACCCAAACCCCCUAGGCCAAACCAAAAAAGGUCAAGGACACCCGAAAAAAAAAUUUUAGACCGCACCGGCUGGGGAAGACUGAAUUGCAAAGGGGAAGCGCUUGGUUUGAAAAAAUCAACUGUGGGGCAUUAUUAGGAAUGGAAAAAAUACAAGACACUGAUAAUCUCCCUCGAUCUGGGGGUGCACGCAAAAAUCUCACCCCGUGGGGGAAAUGAUCACAAGAACGGUGAGCAAAAAAACCCGCCCACGGGGGGACCGUGAAAGACCCGCAAAAGCUGGGGCAAGUAAAAAAAGCCUACCCUCAGAACCCCUAGCCGCCAGGGGUCAAACCAUGUCCAGCGUGCCCCCGCAACCGUAUGCCAGGGCCCCCUCUAAGUUUUUUAAGGCUUUUGGAAUCCCAAAAAGGAUUGGGGGGAAAAAGUAUAUGGUCAGAUGAAAAAAAAUAGAACUUUUUUGGUGGGGAAAAACCAUACAAUGAUCCAUUCCAUCUCGGGUUUCCCCCAUGGUCCUAGACUAGUGUUAACUUAUGUAUUGCCAUGGUAAACUAUUUUUCCUGUACCCCUCCAGCCUGAAGACGUGAGCUUCUUCCUCUCCAAAGAGGAGGUGGUGUCCAUGUCGGAUGCUCUGUCCUCUGUUGCCAUACCGCCCCCUGAGGGGGAGGAGGGCGUGGCGCUGGAGCACCCUCGGGAGUUCCCCCUGGGCUUCGAACCGCUGCGCUCUGAGCAGCUGGCUGAGAUGAAGCUGGCCACCUCUCCUGUCGUCAGGAACCCCUACAUGUCUCCUCUACUGGCACCCGACAGCAUGCUGAGAGGACUGCCCCCCAUACACCUAGUGGUGAGAGGGAGGUGGUGGGAGGGAGGGUAGAGGGAGGACUACCUAGUGGUGAGAGGGAGGUGGUGGGAGGAGAGAGAGUGGGAGGGUAGAGGGAGGACUACCUAGUGGUGGGAGAGAGGGAGGGUAGAGGGACGACUACCUAGUGGUGAGAGAGAGAGGGAAAUGGAGUUGAGGACUGGCUUGUCCCAAUCCUAUUCUGGACUUUUCCACCAAUUAGAAUUCUUUACAUGAUCUUAUAAGACCCUCUUUGACUCUGUUGUUUAUCUCUCCCUCCCCCUAGGCCUGUGCUUUAGACCCCAUGCUGGAUGACUCUGUAAUGUUUGCCAAGCGCCUGAGGAACGUGGAUCAGCCCGUCACUCUGUGUGUGGUGGACGACCUCCCGCACGGCUUCCUCAGCCUAUCACAGCUCUCCAGGGAGACCAGGGAAGCGGCUAACGUCUGCGUCAACCGAAUCAGGGACGUCUUUGACCAGAAGGACUCUCCCCAGGAGCCGCGCAUGCACCGCAAGCUGGAAAGGACCAAUCGCGGUGCUUCCUCUGUCGCCACGGGAGACCCAGAGAAGCUCUUUGCAGUACCCAUUCAGGAGGAGGAGCUUCUGGUGGCCCGGGGAGGGGCUAUAGUACCAGAUGGGGAGGGGUUAGUCGGCAUGGCAGCACAGAACAACAUAGACGUUGUGGGAUAA